AUGUCGGGGCAGUACUUCAACUCCAUUACCGAAAAUGCAUCUCGGUUGGGAAUGCGAAUCCAAGAGUCUAUCUCGGAACACACCAGGGAGCUGGCAAUUACUAGAGGAGCUUCUACGGCGUACCUCGAAGCUCCCGACGACAUGUCGAAGAAUAUUCGCAAGCAGCUGGAUUCAAAUAGCGAUCGAGAGAAAUUGGAUGCAAUGAAGAGGCUUAUUGCCAUGGUAUCCAAAGGCCGCAACGUCUCGGAGUACUUCGCUCAGGUGGUCAAGAAUGUAGCGUCGCAUAACCUCGAAAUUCGCAAGCUGGUUUACAUCUACCUACUGCGGUAUGCAGAGCAAGAGCCAGAUCUUGCGCUGCUGUCGAUCAACACAUUUCAAAAGGAUCUGACGGACAUCAAUCCCCUCAUUCGUGCGAUGGCUCUUCGCGUGCUGAGCGGGAUCAAAGUACCCAUGAUAGGCAGCAUAGUCGUGUUGGCUAUCAAGAAAUGUGCCGCGGACGUCAGCCCGUACGUACGUAAGAAUGCGGCACUGGCGAUACCCAAGUGUUUCGAGUUAGACCCAUCACACACACCAGCUCUCAUCACCAUCGUUACUGCGCUACUUCGGGAUCGGUCGUCCCUUUGCAUUGGGAGCGUCGCAGUUGCUUUUGAAGCGGUUUGUCCUACGCGCCUUGAUUUAUUACAUCCACAAUAUCGCCGGCUCUGUCGCAUCCUCGUCGAUGUAGAUGAAUGGGGGCAAGUAGAUUUGAUGUCUUUGCUUCUGAGAUAUGGAGGGCGACAGCAUCGACCCGGAUCUGAACCUGUUACUCAAUUCCACCGAGCCUCUACUCCAAUCGCGGAAUCCAGCGGUCGUUCUGGGAGCAACACGCAUAUUCUACUACGCUGGGCUCCAUCACGGUUAUCGAAAGUCACUCAACCCCUUCUCAGACUUUUGCCUGGAUCCAAAGAGGUUUCUCGAAUCGUGUUGGUUUACAUUUCAGUCAUCGCCGGGGACUCGCCGUCCUUAUUUACCCCAUAUUACGCGCGUUUUUUAGUUUCUACGGACGAUCUUCGUGUGGUUAAGUUGACGAAAAUUCAGCUGCUUCUGCAUCUCCUUACACCGGAAACAUAUAGCUCCAUUUUGCGAGAAUUCAUUGACUGCGCUGAUGAUACAGACAAUGAAGUCGUCGCGGCCGCUAUACAAGCCCUAGGCAAAUGCUCCCAUCAAAUUCCUGAGUCGACACAAACCUGCCUCAAUGCUCUGAUCUCUAUGAUCAAGAGUCGCCAAGAUACGGUGGUCAGUAACGCUGUUCUCGUCCUGAAAAUUCUGGUGCAGAACGAACUCGAAGCCGAAUCCCACAAUCGCCCCAUACAAACGCAACAGAAUCCUGGCAUGUCCAUCAUAUCUCACUUGGCACAUCGGAUCGACGAUAUUAAGCACCCUCAGGCUCGAGCCUGCGUUGUAUGGUUGGCUGGCCAGUACGCAUCGUCUGAUGCACCCUCUGCUGGCUGUGCAGGUAUGCACGAUUGGGCACCCGAUGUAUUGAGAAAGGCCGUCAAAGGAUUUAUCGACGAGGACCCGAUUGUCAAACUUCAAGUUAUUACAAUGGCCGCUAAAUUGCUUGUUUUGAAUCCGACCAAUCGAACACUACUUCUACUUGGCCGACAUACGCUCAAUCUAGCCAAGUAUGAUUUGGACUACGAUGUUAGAGAUAGGGCUCGGAUGGUUGGUGCCUUGCUUGUUGGCGUUCUUCCCAAAGAAGCCAACGGUGCGGACGAGGUGCUGGAGGAGCGAGGAGGCGUUGUGUUGAGGAGGGAACAAGUCCGGGUGGUGCUUUUCAAUGGGAAGGCUGGUGUCGUGGACAAGGACAAACCGAGCGACGACAGAAGUUUGCUAGGGUCAUUAGGAAUGAUCACAGGAAGACCUAUGCGAGGAGAUGUCAUCCUGACUGACUGGCUGGAAGAAGGUAUCGAGCCUUCCCUGCGGACAAAUCCCGACGAUACACCCACUCCGUCCGCCAUCCCAACGGCGAUUUCGUCAAGACCUCAUUCGAAAGCCCCAUCAGCUCACGCGUCACCCGUUAUCCUCACCCCAGGAGCUUCACCAAGUGGUUCCGCGAUGAGGGAUAGUUCUAAGGGGGUGUGGCGCGAUUUGGAUUCUUUUUACGCUGAAGAAAGCGAGGAGGAAGAGGAGGAUGACGGCAGCGAGGAUGACGAGGAAAACGAAGAUGACAACGGUGAGGAAGACGGAGAAGCGGAGGCAGACGAAGAGACGGAUGAAGAUGAUAGCGAUGAAGAUAGUCUAGAUGCAACAGCAAACGAGACGCGGUCAAUGCUGCAACCAUCGGCCGGUGCCUCGUCGUAG